AUGGCAUCAUCAUCAACUGGUGAGGAUCCUUUGUAUUGUGGUCCCGAAGACCCGAGCGUACUUUACUUGCAACCGUAUCACAUAACCGAAAGCAUAAUCUCUGAGAAUGAUACAGACCCCUUCCAACCGCGCAAAUUGGAUAAUAACAUUUUUCAAGCUCAAAUGCAUGACCGUGUGUUGGGGCAUAUAGAGCGGAUGGGGUUUGGUGGCAUAUACCACUGUGGAAAACCGAAAAUGUUGGACGCUUCACUUAUCGGGGCAUUGAUUGAGAGGUGGCGUCCUGAGACACACACGUUUCACCUUCCAGUUGGUGAAGCUACAGUGACCCUUCAGGAUAUCGAGGUGCUUUGGGGUUUAAGGGUCGAUGGUGAACCAGUUAUCCUUCCACAAGUGAACUACCCGAGGCAGUACUGGAUGGAAACGUGUUUGUCGCUUUUGGGUAUUGAACCAAGUCAGGCUGAGUUGAAGUUGGGAGGAUUUAAUGCCUCUACACUGAAGGAUGUUGUUAGCCACCGUCUUGACGACGAUCUACCUGAGCAUUAUUACAUGCAGCAUGCACUGUUCACAACUGAGUUGGGGUGCAGCAGCGCUUGCCACUUUAUAUCACUAUCUUUGUGA